ACCGGAACUUACUUCUUGAAUGGUGACGAGUUCUCCAUUCACCCCAUCAGAGGUCUCGGAAAUGACGUAGACCACAAGAUUUCUCGACUUCUUCAGGAUUCUAACCUGCAACAUGAUAUGUUCGACUUUGGUUCAGACCCCUAACCCGGACUACUGGAAGAACACAGAGAAACCGCCCACGUCGUCACGUGACUUCGUGGAGUCGUCUGCUGCCCUGGAAGCUUUUCGCGCAUGGGCAGAGGGCCAGGGGACGGACCUUCCGCCCAGCGACCACGUCAUGCUUUUCACGGGUCACAAUCUAACCUACGGUGGCUCAGUCUCAAAUGCAGGUCUCGCCUACCUGGGCUCUGCCUGCAACUCGGACUACUUCUUUUCCAUCGUGGAGGAAUACUUCGAGUUCCGGGACGUUGCCAUAGCAGCGCACGAGCUGGGUCACAGUUUGGGAGCUCGUCAUGACAUGGACGGGAACACAUGCCUGUCCUUUGACCGCUACAUUAUGACGUCACGGUUCAAGUUCCCCUCCCGGCGUAAGGCCCAGAACCCGUGGCUGUUCUCUCAGUGCUCUGUGGACUACUUCAAGGAUUUUAUUGAUGGACUCGACAAGAACGACACAAACUGUCUGGUAACGAAGAACGCGGAACGAAGUACCCAGGAGAUCCAGCCAUUCCUGGUUUCUCAGCCGGGAGAGGUUUAUGCCGGGGACGAGUUCUGCCGGCUUGGCGAUGGACAAGAUUCCUUCAUUUGUCGGGGCACUUGUCAGAGGUCCGAUCUGGCGCCACAAACAGUUGAUGACGAUUGUCCGUUCGGAGACGACCCGGGUCUGAUCGGCGGCAGGACAUGCGCAGAGAGGAUGCUGACGUCACGGUUCGACUGCUACAGAGACGCGUUCAGAGCCAAGUGUUGUGCGUCCUGCAAGCGGUACAGGCGGAACCUUCCUGGCUGCGAGUACGGAGACCUGUUCGAACUGUGCAAGAAGGACCAGUGCACCAACUACGAGGAAGAAUACGCCAGAGAGAACUGCUGCGACACAUGUGCCGAGCUAUUGUUUACCAUACCAACCACCAUAGCAACCACGCCUACCACUCCCGUCUACGUCACUUCCGCGUCACCCGUUGUGGAGACAACGGGGGAAGGAGAACGGGAAGUGACGCGGCCGGGUGGAGGGGAAUCUGCGGGGAAGGGUGGGAGAAAGAGAGGAAAGUAUGGGCGGGAGAACAGCGGAGAGGAGGAGGAUGGAGAGAAGGAGGGGACUGCCCGAGGAAGUGGGAGAGGGUAUAAGAGGAGAAACGGCAGACGGAGGUAUAACAGAGGGAGCGAGGAGAGUCGGGAUUCAGACGAGUACAUACCUCGAAGCCAGUAUCGCAGAAGGAACACUGUGCAGUAUCGUGGACCACAAAGGGGAAGAGCCAGUCAGCGAUACCAACAGAGAAAUCACCAGCGGAUGGAGCGAAUCCACACGAUGUUGGAGGACAUGCGCGAGAGCCGUGACGUCACACGUCUGCAGCGGUUACGUCUGCUCGUCUACGUCUUGGACAGGACACGGAGCGAGGAGCUGGCCGACCUCAUUUUGGCCAUGGCCGCGGGGGAAGGGGCGGGGCUUACGGAUACAAUGGGCGGGACCUCGGGGCGAGGGGGCGGGCUUAGGCAAUAUGCAGGCACUGCGAUGGCUUCGGUGGGAAGAGUGGGUGGGGGUCUGGUGGACGGUGCCGCCGGGGGUCAUGAUACUGGCAGUGACUUGCCGUCCGGAAAAUCCCCUUCUCAAAAUAGUUAUUGGGAAUCCCCGCAGCAGAGUUUUGGUGAUUUCCCAUUAAAUGAUAGAAAGGGUGACUAUGCAGAUGUUCACAUUAUGCGUCCCUCUCGAGACAGGGGUCAAAAGGUUAAUGGUUAUUUGCCAUUCUUACCAAAGCAGAUGCAGAAAGAGAAGAAUCUGACUUGCCAAGACAAAACUUACACCGACUCACAUCCAAGAUUUGAAAACAGUAAGAAGGAACACCCUGACACCAUGGGAAAGAAAGACUCAUUUGACUCAAUGUCCAAAAGUCAUUGCAGCCGGUCAUGGCACAUCAACUUCCAGAUCACAGAUGAAAGAAACAAUCCUCAAAAAUGA